CGUUUCCAUAGUCACGUCAUGGCGGCGCCGCCAUAUUGUAGGAAAUCCACCGCUGCUCCUUAUUGACAGAUUACUCUAAUCUGAGGAGGAGGACACGCUGUCAGGACCUGCUCGGCAUUUUUUGAGGGAACCACUUUGUUUAUCAUGUGCUAGCAGAAGAUGUGUUUCCCCUUUCCACUUAGAAGAUGAAGAGUCGGGUGCUUUUGUGUCGCCUCUGCCUGUCCGCCCACUUGUCGCACAGCACAAUGUGAGCUGGCUAACUAGCCGGACAAACCUCACUCGGAUUAACUGCCAACGGUAGCUAAUAUCGGCUAUUAUUAGCUGCAGGUAAUCGCGAUUAUUCCUCAUUUUCAAUCGUUUCUAACGUUCACAUUUCGCUAUUAUUCAGCAUUAAUGUUGCUGAAAGGAAGCUAGCACGACCACAAAGAGCUGGCGUUCGUUGGCUAGCUUUUAUUUUAUUUUUAAUUUUUUUUUAAACAUUUUGUUGGCCUGAUAUUUAUAUUUAAAAAAAAAGCGAGAGUCAAGACGGUGAAGCCUAUGUGCGACUUUAUGUCAGGCUAGCUGGGAAGAGAACGCGACGAUAUUUCAACCGCAUAGCGCAAGAAGGCAAGAUGUCAGGGAAGGAUAAAGAUAAAGCCGACAAACAGUCCACCACGGAGCGUCUUGUUAAAGCUGUGCCAUACCCCCCACAACAUAAACUGACAAUAAAAGAGCUAUUUGAGGAUAGCAAGCCCAAUGCAGAGCUGCUCCGUAACCACCUCGUGAAGGAGGGUAGGGUGGAAGAAGACGUGGCUUUAAAGAUCAUCAAUGAUGGCGCCAAUAUCCUUCGCCAGGAGAAGUGCAUGCUGGAAGUGGAGGCACCUAUUACAGUGUGUGGAGACGUCCAUGGGCAGUUCUUUGACCUCAUGAAGUUGUUUGAAGUGGGGGGAUCACCCAGCAACACACGGUAUCUCUUCCUCGGAGACUACGUAGAUCGAGGAUACUUCAGCAUUGAGUGCGUUCUCUACCUCUGGUCGCUCAAGAUCAACCACCCCACCACACUCUUCCUCCUGCGAGGGAACCAUGAGUGCCGGCACCUCACAGAGUACUUCACCUUCAAACAGGAAUGUAAAAUUAAGUACUCAGAAAGGGUCUAUGAUGCCUGUAUGGAGGCUUUUGACUGCCUGCCCCUUGCUGCCCUGCUUAACCAACAGUUCCUGUGUGUCCACGGUGGGCUCUCACCAGAAAUCAACUGCCUUGAUGACAUAAGGAAAUUAGAUAGAUUUAAGGAGCCUCCAGCGUUUGGACCAAUGUGUGAUCUGAUUUGGGCCGACCCUGGUGAAGACUACGGCAGUGAAAAGACAAAUGAACACUUCAACCAUAACUCUGUCAGAGGCUGCUCCUACUUUUUCAGUUACUCAGCUGUCUGUGACUUUUUGGUAAAUAAUAACUUGUUGUCAGUAAUUAGAGCCCAUGAAGCACAAGAUGCAGGAUAUCGGAUGUACAGAAAAAGUCAAACUACUGGCUUCCCUUCAUUAAUCACAAUCUUUUCAGCUCCAAAUUACCUUGAUGUUUACAACAACAAAGCUGCUGUAUUGAAAUAUGAGAACAACGUGAUGAAUAUCAGACAGUUCAACUGUUCCCCCCACCCUUACUGGUUGCCCAAUUUUAUGGACGUCUUCACAUGGUCUUUGCCUUUUGUCGGGGAGAAAGUGACAGAGAUGUUGGUGAAUGUGCUCAACAUUUGCUCUGACGAUGAGCUCAUGUCAGAGGGAGACGAUCUCUAUGAAGGUGGCACCACAGCAAUGCGUAAGGAGGUCAUCCGCAACAAGAUCCGUGCAGUGGGGAAAAUGGCUCGGGUCUUCUCAGUACUCAGGGAGGAAAGUGAAAAUGUAUUAACUCUCAAAGGCCUGACUCCGACCGGAACGCUUCCCGUUGGAGUGCUGUCAGGUGGCAAGCAGACCUUACAAACCGCUACCAUUGAGGCAGCUAAAGCAAAAGCCAUCCAAGGCUUCUCUCCCACGCGGAAGAUUCGUAAUUUCGAGGAGGCCCGCGGCCUGGACAGGAUCAACGAGCGGAUGCCGCCCCGCAAAGACGCCCAGCAACCUGACGGCACCAUCAACACCAGUGCACCCAACAACAACGGCACCGAUGGAUAAAUCCCCCAGAAAAACACAUUUUAGUCAUCUUAACACAUCCUCCCCUCCCCCAUCCCCUGCCUGCACACCCUGGCUGGCAACAGGAAACAUCGCUGGGGGAAAAAAAGACAAACUGUAUUUAUUAAAAAGCAUACAUUAGAUAUUUUGUGUCAUAGCAUCCAGUGAUGGAAUGAAGACAUUUUGCAGUGUAAAGGUACAUUGACACCCAGGCUUGCAUCACACCAGGUACAGUAAGUACAGUAGUACUCCCCCUCUUCUGGAGCUUCUGGCCUUUUCUUGCUUUUACCAAUGAAAUCAUGCUCACUUUGAAUGGAGCUUUCUUGACAAGAAAUGUUCCUUUCUUUUAGGCCCCCAUUCCUGGUUGGCUCUCGCGUGACUAGAAGAGGCGGGUUAAAUCAUUUUUGCAAUGCGGCCUGCUGAAAAUGACCGAAAGCGAGCGCCACGCUACAUAGCGACUGAUGCCGUCAGGCCCGGCCCUAACCAAUCUGGCGCCCUAGGCAAGAUUUUAGGUGGCGCCCUCCCACAUCGGCAGUGAAGUGUAUAUACUCACAAGAAACCGAAUAGCUUUGUCUUUGACCUUUUUUUUUUUACUUAAAGAAAUCAAAUUAACAAUCAGAAUUGUUAACAAGAUAAAAAAAAAACUACGGAUAAAUAAAUGAAUACAAAAAAUAAAAAAUGAAUAUAUGAAAUACAAUAUUUUUUACAUACAUAAACACAAAAUAAAACGUGUCAACAAGUUGCAUAAAAUAAAUUAAAAAUACAAUAUAAAUAAGGCACUGCACAAAACAAGAUAUCAAACCAGUAUGACUUUAAUAACUAUAUUACAAAAAAAGGGGAUCCAACAGAGUUCUCUAUUUGUGCUUUUUAAUAUUGCAUUAACUAGAAUGACUUACAAAUUACUGUACACCAGGGAGUACUGUAAUUACCUAACGUUACAUUAUCAUUUUCCAUAACAAUUUAGCCCCCUCCACAAUAUUAACCCGACGUUAACAGAACUAGCUAUUUAUUGAUUAGGAAUUGCCGAAUCAUGUAACAUUACCUUAAUGCUAAAGGUUACUAUCACAUUCUGUAACAGACAAAUAAUUUCAUGUAGGCUAACGUUACCUACCUGCUACCUCUGUCUUUUUCUCGUUUCUCCUCCUCUUUUCUCUUUUUUCUUCCCUGGGCACCUGACAGUUUUGGCCGUUUUGACAUCUUG